AUGCCAAUCUCAGAUCACGAAGAAUCCGACACCCUCCUCGAAGCAGCCUCGGAUUCUAGUUUUUCUGCGGUCAAGGAACUCAAGCACCCAGGAUCCCAUCGAUUACGUUUCACCCGCUGGGUUUUCCUCUGCUCCAUCACUGCAAACGUAUUGCUUUCCCUUGCGGUGGCCAAGUUCCUCAUAUACUCUAGCGAAAGCUGCCAUGAUCCAUUAUUGCAGCUCUACUCACCGGCCCAAAACGCGGUUGAGUACGUCGUCAGCCACCCAGACGACAGUAUCCACGGCACGAACGAAUGGAUGAACAUGCUAUUUGACGGGUCGGCCAAUGGGGGGGUUGGAGAGCGCUGGAAGGGGUUGUAUACCCCCUAUAUGGACGUAGCCAUAACCCAACAAGAGGCCGCCCAGUUGGGAGAACAAAGUGUCAUGAUCCCGGGAACAGACCAAUAUAUAGUCGAGCUCGAAGUGCACCACCAAUUACAUUGUCUCGAUAGCCUCCGCAGGGCUUUGUUUCCUACAACUCCCGGUCAAGGACACCAACAAAACAACUCUUUUUCGGCAGAGGUUGAAGAGGAUGAAAAUGAUGACCCAGGGGCACACCACCCCAAACACCUCGACCACUGCAUCGAUUGGAUUCGUCAAGCCCUCAUGUGCUGGGUGGACAUUACGCCCGUCAGCUGGGCCGUGGACCCGGCCACGGGGCUGCCCGAGCCCCAAAUCCCACAGCAGAGGACAUGCCGGAACUGGGACCUGGUGCAGGCGUGGGCCGAUGGCCACCGGGUGUCCGAUGACGUGCUUGAGAGUUUUGAGGGGGUUUUGUAG